AUGGACCAGGAUAUGGUCAAGCACAUCGUCAAAAAACACGUGCAUCAAGGACAGGGAUUUCGUUUAUUUUUGAAAAUUGAUCACGAAGUCACAUCUAUCGGAAAGACGGUUGGAGAAUUCGAGAGAGAAGGACGUGGCGUUACUCAGUGUUGUUUCCAUAUUCUUGCUCUUGGCUUCACUGAUCGAUACGCCCAAUCGCUGUCCAAUCUACCCAAAGAAAUGACUGUGGCCUUUCAGCCCCGAUAUCACACCAAUGAUAGAAGUCAACAUCCACUACAGAAAUGGAAACUCUACGACCGAGAACACUUCAACGACUUGGCCAGCAGAUCAGUCAGCAAGAAGUUGCGAAUCAACAAAAUAUGUGUAUGGAAUAAGGUGAGACGAGAAAACGAAGCGUCAGCAGAGACCAGUACCGCAGAAACAGUUUUAGCUAUCCAAUUGGGAACAUCGCCACCUUCCGUGUAUUCGAUGUCUUCCCGAAUGGACAUGAUUCAAUUGAAAAUAUGGGCUUCCGGGAAUAGAGUCAACCCAACGUUGACGUUCAAAGUCGAAAUCGUUGUAACACUGAAUAAACCGACAUUUUCUUCGUCACUGCUGCGAUACUGCAGCACGUCCAAGAAGUGGGAAAGGUGUGGAUGCUUUGUUUGCGCCCAAGCUCCAAAUGUCUGCGAAUCGUGUCUUGGGUUUGUCAGCGAUUUUGUGGAGGAGAUUUGCGACAAGAUCAGGCAGAAGAUGAAAGAAUUCGAUUUAAAGGUGCUGGAACAGCAUUACAACGCGACAGUAAUCGAGGAUUUGAAGCAGGAAGUUGAGCAACAGAAGAAAGAAAUUGAUGUUUGGAGGAAGGGUACCAACGACGCAAAGAUGGAAAUUUUGAAAUUUUCUGACGAGAACCUUCAGAAGGUCCAGGAUGGUAAACACGAAUGGAUGGAGAAGUUUUAUAAUGCGCAGAAUGAGUUCACGAGUCAAAAGACAAAAUACUCGGUUCUCCAGCUCACACUGACUGAGAAAAUUACGGAAAUUUCAAGAUUGAGUAAUGAAUUGCAAGAGCUGAAGGAAACAUACGAGCUGUUGGACAAGAGUCGAUUGGAACAAAACAAGAAACUCCGUAAUCUUGCCAAGGACCUGGGAAAUCAAAAAGACAACAUCGAAGACUUGGAAAAAAAGAAUCAAAAAUUGGAGAAUCAAAAUGAAGAGUUGAAAAAAAAAAGAGAUGACUUGUACAAUGAAGUAAGGGGUGUGCACCGUCAGGACGCAGAAUUUCCACUCCAAUGCGCUUCGAAAGAGUAUAAUCAUGAUAGGGAUUGGAGUAUUUUAGGUCUCGACACGAUUUACGAGGGAAACGACCUUGACUACAUCCGUCACGGAACAAACCUGUUCACAAUCACAGGCCGUGUGCACUCCGUCGCUUGCUGUGACAACUGCCUCGAGGAUUCCAAUUGUUGCACCUGUGGUUUAUUGAAGGUUCAGUGGUAG